AUGAAUACAAAACAGUCUAAGUAUCGCAAAAUUGUAGCUUCAUUCCUUUUGGCUGUUAUAUGCCUAUUGCCUUUUUCGGAAAAAAAAAACAAUGAAAAUAUAAAAGAAAUUGGCAACAUACAAAUAAAUUCUCGGAUUUUAUCAUCACUGGAUCAUGAUAAGUCAUAUAAUAAUCUUCUAAAAACAUUUGUUUCAAAUGAUAUGGAAUUUAAUGACAUUGUGGACAAAUGGGUUGAAUUUGAAAAAUCUGUUUAUCAUUAUUGGGAAUACAUGGAAGAUUGUAAAUAUAACGAUUGGUAUACAACAUUAUAUGAGACAUUGGUGGAAGUCCAGGAAGGGGUAAUUGAUCCGAUAAAAUAUAGUAAACACUUAUGUAAUUGGCAUGAUCUAGUUAAGAAAAUUUCACAAAAAAAACACGAAAUAAAAAAAAAAGAUGAUGAAUUAUUAAAAAAAAUAAUGGGCAAAUUAAAGAAAAAAGUAUUUAAUAAACAAAUUAUAAAUUGGAAAGAUGAUGUCGAAGCAAUAUGGGAAAAGGUAAUUAAAGGCAAAUUAAGUAACAAUACUAAACUUACUGAAAUAGUUCGCAACGAAUGCCAAAAUUGGAUCACGACUCAACGAGGUAAUCAAUGA